GCCAGACUCCCGGAAAUCAUGUUGGUAGGAUCCCAACCCUUCUCUCCCGGGGGCCCCGAUGGGAUCAUCAGAAGCCAGUCCUUCGCGGGGUUCAGCGGCCUUCAGGAGAGACGGUCCAGAUGUAACUCCUUCAUUGAAAAUCCCUCCGCUCUCAAGAAGCCUCAGGCCAAACUGAAGAAAAUGCACAAUUUAGGACACAAAAACAACAACCCUCCUAAAGAGCCUCAGCCUCAGAGGGUGGAAGAGGUCGUCAAAGCCUUGAAAAAUGGACUCGAUGAGUAUCUGGAGGUUCACCAGACAGAGUUGGACAAGCUGACAGCUCAGUUAAAAGAUAUGAGAAGAAACUCUCGCCUGGGUGUGCUGUAUGACCUAGACAAGCAAAUUAAAACGAUUGAAAGAUACAUGAGACGCCUGGAGUUUCACAUUAGUAAGGUAGAUGAGCUCUACGAAGGAUAUUGUAUCCAAAGACGCCUCCAAGAUGGUGCCAGCAAAAUGAAGCAAGCCUUCGCGGCCUCGCCGAGCAGCCGAGCUGCCCGUGAGAGCCUGUCGGAGAUCAGUCGCAGCCACAGGGAGUACACGGAGAAUAUGUGCACCAUUGAGGCAGAGCUGGAGAAUCUGCUGGGGGAGUUCUCCAUCAAGAUGAAAGGUCUGGCUGGUUUUGCUCGCCUCUGUCCGGGAGAUCAAUAUGAAAUUUUCAUGAAGUACGGCCGACAGAGGUGGAAACUGAAAGGCAAGAUAGAAGCCAAUGGCAAGCAGAGCUGGGAUGGGGAGGAAGUGGUGUUCCUGCCCCUGAUCGUUGGAUUCAUCUCCAUCAAGGUCACAGAACUCAAAGGGCUCGCCACACACCUCCUGGUCGGCAGCGUGACCUGCGAGACCAAAGAGCUCUUUGCUGCCCGACCUCAGGUGGUGGCCGUUGACAUCAACGACCUCGGCACCAUCAAACUGAGCCUGGAGGUCACCUGGUACCCAUUUGAUGUGGAGGACAUGACUGCAUCCUCGGGCGCUGGGAACAAGGCAGCAGCCCUCCAGAGGAGAAUGUCCAUGUACAGCCAGGGUACCCCGGAGACUCCCACUUUGAAGGAUCACUCCUUCUUCAGGUGGUUGCGGCCUUCAGCAGCCAAGCCGCGGCGGCUGUCUGUCUUGAGUGCCUUGCAGGACACUUUCUUUGCCAAGCUAUCCCGCAGCUGCUCUUUCAGUGACCUGCCCUCCCUCAGGCUGAGACCCAAGGCCGAGCUAGAGUUUUCCACUAAUCUACCUGAUGACGUCUUUGUCCACGGAAAGGCAGCUGAGGAGAAAACACCCCUGUCUCUCAGCUUCAGCGACCUGCCCAACGGGGACUGUGCCCUCACCCCCCACCCCGCCGGCUCUCCAUCCACCACGGGCUCAGCGAAUCCAGAAAUUACCAUCACCCCCUCAGAGCUCAACCACAGCAGCCUGGCCUCCCAGAACGAGGGCACGGAGGACUCCGGCUCAGCAUCUUCCAGAAACUCCUCCAGAGGCCCAGAGCACCUGUUCCUGGAGAAGAAUGUGGCGGAGGUGCUCCUGCGGGAGUCUGAUGAGGCCUCCGAGCUCAAGCCCGUGGAACUGGACACGUUCGAAGGAAACCUCACGAAGCAGCUGGUCAAGAGGCUCACUUCGACCGAGGUGCCAGUGGCCACGGAGAGGCUGCUCUUUGAGGGCUCUGUCAGUGGAGAGUCCGAAGGCUGUAGAUCCUUCCUUGAUGGAAGCUUAGAGGAUGCAUUCAGUGGGCUUUUCCUUGCAUUAGAGCCCCAUAAAGAGGAGUACAAAGAGUUUCAGGAUCUGAACCAAGAGGUCAUGCAUUUGGAUGAUAUCCUAAAAUGCAAGCCAGCCGGAAGCCGCAGCAGGUCUUCCAGUUUAAGUCUUACAGUUGAAAGUGCUUUAGAAAGCUUUGAUUUCCUGAACACCUCUGACUUUGACGAGGAGGAGGAGGAUGGUGAUGAGGUUUGUAAUGUUGGUGGAGGCGCAGACUCCGUAUUUUCAGACACUGAGACCGAGAAAAAUAGCACUUACAGAUCAGUACACCCCGAAGCCAGGGGGCACCUCAGCGAAGCGCUGACGGAAGACACGGGAGUCGGGACUAGUGUGGCCGGAAGCCCCCUGCCGCUGACCACAGGAAAUGAAAGCCUGGACAUCACCAUUGUCAGGCACCUUCAGUACUGCACCCAGCUUGUUCAGCAAAUUGUUUUCUCAAGCAAAACCCCAUUCGUGGCGAGCAAUCUCUUAGAGAAGCUUUCUAGCCAAAUCCAGGUGGUGGAGAAACUGUCAGCGGUCAGCGAUGAGAACAUAGGGAACAUGAGUUCCGUCAUGGAAGCCAUCCCAGAAUUUCACAAAAAGCUGUCUUUGCUGUCCUUCUGGACCAAGUGCUGCAGCCCAGUCGCUGUCUACCACAGCUCGGCCGACCGAGUGAUGAAGCAGCUAGAAGCCAGCUUUGCCAGAAUCAUCAACAGAGAAUACCCAGGACUUGCAGACCCAGUGUUCCGAACCCUGGUCUCCCAAAUCCUGGACCGGGCUGAGCCUCUGCUCCCCUCCAGCCUCCCUUUGGAAGUCAUCACUGUUUUCCAGUAUUACAGUUACUUUACCAGCCACGGUGUGAGCGACCUCGAGAGUCACGUGAACCAGCUGGCCAAGCAAGUUUCCUUGAUUCAGACUCUACAAUCGCUGAGAGAUGAGAAACUGCUCCAGGCCAUGAGUGACCUUGCACCCAGCAGCCUCCCAGCCCAGCAGGAAGUACUCCGGACCCUGGCCCUGCUGCUCAUGAGGAAUGACAGCCAAGUGAGCCAGGCUGUGAUGCUUUACCUGGCCGCAGCCUCCAGAAACGAGCAUUUCAGGGAGAAGGCCUUGCUCUAUUACUGUGAAGUGCUGACAAAGGCAAACCUCCAGCUCCAGAAGGCAGCUUGUCUGGCCCUGAAAAGCCUGCAGGCCACCGAAAGCAUUAAAAUGCUCGUUACGUUGUGUCAGUCUGACACUGAAGAAAUCAGAAACGUGGCCUCCGAGACCCUCUUGUCUCUCGGGGAAGACGGGCGGCUGGCAUAUGAACAACUGGACAAGUUCCCUCACUGUGUUCACGUUGGAGGGCGGCAUGGGACGGAAGUCGCUACGGCAUUUUAAUGAGCUCUCCUGUACAGCUGUCUUUCUAAAUGGCCCUGUUCAUCGGGGUGGUGCUGGGGUCGAACUGGAAUGCUUACAACUUGAAGCGCUCUGUUGAGGUUGUCUGGAAAUGUAACAUGUUAUAGAUAGAAUUCAAAAUCGAGUUUUCCAGGACCUAGCCACUUUUCCUUUGGCCAAUAGAAUCAGGCUGUGUAGUACUCUGUAGAUUUUAUUGUCGAUGGCGUCUGACAGUACUUAGUUAAAGAGCCCAUCUUAUCUCAUAUGUGUGGAAUUUUAAAACAGCCAUCUUUGUACUUUUUUGGAAGUUCUUCU